UAGUACUUAGACUCAAUAAUGUCCCUUCACCACAAUAGGGAUAACGAGUUUUUUUUAUCAAUUCCUACAUCUAGUGGUACGUUUGUCGAUAUGAUAACAAAUUACAAACGAUUACGGUACAAAGUUGAAAAAUACUUUUUUAAAUAUAAAAGUAAAUAUUUUCCUUGAGUUUGAUUUAGUCAUAGUUCUUCGAUAGGUACGAAUUUAACAACUAUGGUUGCAUUGAAAUUGCUUAUAAUUUUAGCAAAUUUCUACUUGUGUAUUGCAGAAGAUGAACUAAUUGCAGUUACAGCCCUCAUAAGACAUGGAUCUAGGAUACCUGAAUCAUUCUACCCAAAUGAUCCAUAUUCCAAUAUAUCUUGGCCAUUUGUAUUAGGGGAUUUGACAGAUAAAGGAGUUGAUGAAAUGUAUCAUGUUGGAAAAUGGCUGAAAAGGAAAUAUAAUUCUUUUUUGUCCGAAAAAUACGAUCCUAACGAAAUUUAUGCACAAUCCCUGGAUUACGACAGGUGCAUAAUGACAGGAGAAGCUACAUUAGCAGGUCUGUAUCCGCCCCUUGCUGAUGAUACCUGGAAUUCUAAAUUACGAUGGCAACCAACUCCAAUCCACGUAUCACCAAUCAACCAAGAUAUUGUGGUGAAUAUGAACGCAUGUCCGAAAAUUAUGAAAGAAUCUGAAGUGAUACGGCAGACAGAAACUUAUAAAAAAAUCAUGGCGGCGUUCAAAGAUUAUUUUGAGUAUAUCAGUGAAAAUUGUGGAGAAAAGACGGAUUUUGCUACGAUCUACCCACUUUUCGAUACGUUGUUCAGCGAAAUAAAGGUAGAUUUACCUUUGCCGGAUUGGGCGCAGAAGAUUUGGGAGCAGAUGGUACCACUGGUGGAGCUGUAUACUAAGAUGGAUUCCUUGACGCUUACGGAACGAAGAAUACAGGUAGGACCACUAUUGACCAGAAUACAAAGCCAAUUCGACAGAGCGAUAACCGGUGUAGAUUUCGGUACCACCAAAACCACCUACAGGAAGUUCAUGGCCUACUUCGCCACGGAGUGGAUUUUGUACGAUCUAACGUAUACGUUGGGACUGCCUGAUAUCAACAUACCCGAGUUUGGCGCCCUGUAUCUGAUCGAGUUGAGGAGGAAACCAAAUGGUGUUGACUAUGUUAGGAUACUGUACAGGAGUUCGGCCAAGAAGGGUACCAGGGCCGUACGGGUUGCGAUUAGGAAAGAGAAAAACAGAGUGUAUUAUGGGAGAUUCAGGAAAAUCAUCGCACCAUAUCUUAUUGAUAGCGCUCAGUGGGUAAAGUUGUGCGAAAGUUUUACAGGGCAAAACGUUAGUGUUGCUACUGAUGUUCCUAUGUCUAAAUGAUGUGGUUGUUGUAAUAAAUUAGU